UUUAAGAUUUAUUUAUAAAUUCGAGAAGUAACGAAAUUUAUAUAGCCUGAUUAAAAUUAUGGUCAAAAAGGACAAAAAAAGCCCAAGAGAUGAAAAUGCUGAUGAAAUAGAGCUGCCGGACGAAGUGUUUCUGGCUCUAACGGACUUCGAGUCGGAGGCGGGCGACGUGCAGGCAGUGCAGUACACCGACACCUCCUACACCAGCGCCUCCUUUGAGUCCCUGCCGCCGGUCCUUCCAGAUCCGGAGCCGAAACAUAAAAAGGUUAAGAAAAUUACGCACCAAUCUACACGGGAUUCGAGCGUUUAUUCAGAAUGGCCCGAAGAAUCACUAACAGGAGAACCAAAGGAAGAACAAAGGCGAACCAAGAAGAGAAAGAAAGAGAAAAGGAAGAAACAUGAUCUAGAAAUGCCACGUUUUGAGAAGCCGAAGAAUUGGAAAGAAAUGAGCAAGAAACAGAGAGACAUCUGGCUGUUGGAGAAGAUGGAGGAGUAUAAAGCCGAAAAAGAAGCCGAGAAACAGGCGGCGCUAGCGGGCGUGAAGGAGCGGCGUGCGGCUGCGGCCCGUGAGCGCGCGGACACCGUGGCGCGCGAUGAUGCUGAGCAGGCCGUGCGCCGCGACCUGCUGGCCCGCACCGUCAACUUGUUCCAUAAAUACGAACGGCAGCAAGUGGAACUUAACCACAAGAAACGACUAGAAGCAGAGUGGCAGCAGUACCUCCGCUGCGACGGCCUGCCGGACCCUCGCGCGGCGGCGCAGCUCAACACGUACUUGCACGUGUGGCGCGAGCGAGGCGCUUGCGAUGACAACGAACUGGACAGGCGGUGCGAGGAGGUUUUGCCGAUGCUGGAAAUGCUGGAAGAGUUCGUGACGGAUGUACGACAGUUCACGCCGCGCCAGAUCCAGAACUACAACGAAGUGCGACUAGAACUACGCAGGCAGCUUUCAUCGGCCAUACACUGCGCGUCCUACACUCUGCUGCGAGACAUCAAACACCGUCUGGUGUGGCAGUCUAUACAGGUGGCGACCUACGAGCGCCUGUUCCGCGGCCUCAAGCUCAACAUAUACGUGUCUGUGCCGCUGCCGACCAGGAAACCUAAACCUGUGGAACCGGAGAGGGAGGCAAUCGAGCUGUCGUUCCCAUCGAUGGCGGCGACGGUGCGUCUCCCGCGGGCGAUAGACGGCGCCCGCGCCUGCGUGCACGCCGCGCACUCCGCGCUCGACCUGCUCAGCGAGACCUGCCGCACGCACGCGCUGCCCGCUGCGCCCGCUGACAGAUACAUAGAUUUGUUUACAUUCAACGAACGAGAGCAUGAGAAUGUAUGUAAAAUGAAAAAAGAGCAGGACCAAAUUCGAAAUAAAUUCUACAAAGAAGCGAGAGACAGAGUAAAAGAAAUCGAAGCGUUUAUAAAGGCGAAUCCGUAUGCAAAAAAUGAUAAAGAGAAAGAAGAAAUGGAGGCCCUGAUACUGAGCGAGCCGGCCGACAUGCCCGACCCCCGCGCGUAUAUCGCCGAACAUCACGAUAUUGAAUUUUCAAAUUACCUCAAAAGCUGCACGAUGAGAACAAGAACUGGUGAAAUUAAUCUCCGUAAAUACAGGAUUUGCAACGGCGUGCUAAAUCUGGAUCUGCUGGUGACUCCUCCGCAGCCCAAGCUGAUGGCGGGGGACAUCGCUAUCACCACUUUGGAGCUACCGAAGCAGCUGCAACGAAUGUCGUACGAGGUGCAGUACCGCGCACCUUCGCCGCCCCCGCCCGGCGUCACCCGCACCCCAGAAGAGAUAGAGGCUGAAAUCAAGCGGACAGAGGCCGAGUACGAGAAGUUGGCGCUUGUGUUCAUUGAGUUACCGCACAGCGUGAUGUGGUCGGAGCCGCCCGUGGUUUGCCAGUGGCAGCGAGAGGACAACUUCUGGACCAGCCACUACAUCAACGACUACAAGUUCAACGAGGACAAGCUCACUGUCCAGUUCAGGACCGGCGUUUUGUGGCCCAUCGGGAUAGCUACUCUUCGCUACGGCAAUAUGCCAUAUCAAGGGUGGGACAUCAAGCCCGAUACGGACAGCAAAGGUGUAUUAAUAUCUGUAACGGGCGUGUGUGUGUCGGUGACGUGGCUGUGUGCGGGCAGCACGGUGCGGCUCAAGGCCAUCGCCAACGCCACCACGCCCGCACUGCGAGACCACUUCGACAGACCCUACAGCGUCAGACGUAUGAUGCAGAUAAUGCGCGAGGCGGCGUGCGACUUCUUCCCGGAUUUCGACGGCCACAACCACGUGGAGGGCUCCUGCCCCAAGGAGUGGGCGGCCGAGAGACACAACUACCACGCCAUGGCCUUCCUCGCCAGGGCAUACAAUUUCCAGUGGAGCAGGUGGAAUGUAGCAGCCGGCAGCAGAAACAUUGUAAUGCAAAUUCGUGAGGCAGUCGACAGGAAAAGAGAGGGGAAGUUCCAAGUUCUGCAUGUGACACCGCAGCGUGCGACCAUACUGAAGUGUAUCGAGGUGUCGCAGGAGUACAGCGCCGAGCCGUUACCAGGCUUGGAUUUCCACCCCGACCUGUUCGCUCUCAACAUGCGCUGGGGGUCGGUGGACGCGCGCCGCGCCGCGCUCACCGCCAGCGCGCGACUCGUCGAGACUGUCUUCGAGAUGCUGCUCGAACUCAAGCUGUCCAGCUACUCGUAACCGCAGACUGCUGGCGACCAUGUUUUCUCGCGAUUGGACUCCUCCGAGGAGAAGAAGAAUUGUCUCCGAUCCUGCGGCUUCAGCAACGAGCGCAGGCUCAUGAAGUUAGCAUUGACGAAGUGAAAGGAACGCAC